AUGAGGGCCUCACUUUGCCUUGUUGCCUCCGGCGCCAUCCUUGCCCUGGCAGGACCUCUUGAGAACCGUGCAAUCCACACAGAGUUUGUCACCGACAUCGUCUAUGUCACCGUUACAGAAGAUUCUGAGCCAACAUCUACUGCUGUUCCCCAGCAAAUUCCACCAGCGGUGACUUCUUCCGUGGAGUCUCCGGUUUCGACGACAACACAACAGCCCCAGGAGACCAGUGCAGCAUCCGCACAGCCAAGUGUUCCAGUCGAGACCAACAUCAAGAAGCAGCAGUCCAACAGCAACUCCAAGGCUUCUAAGGGCUCCAACGCCUUUGAAAAUACGGCAGUUUACCACCACAACAUCCAUCGCGAGAACAACUCGGCUAGUGCCCUCGAGUGGGACAGCACGUAUGCAGACUAUGCUGCGAAAACUGGAAAAUCCUGCAAGUUUGCGCACGACCUGUCCCCCGGUGGUGGCGGUUAUGGCCAGAACCUCGCCAUGUGGGGAUCAAGCAACGACCCCGAGAAGCUUGGCGCUAACACCGCCAUCGCGCAAGCCAUCACCAACAUGUGGUACAACGGCGAAAUUACUCUCUAUCCUUCUGAGAACUACGGUCUUGAUAACCCGGUUUCGGGCCAGUUCGAGAAGUAUGGUCACUACACACAGGUUGUCUGGGCCGGCACUAAGAAGGUCGGGUGCCAUGCUGAAUUCUGCCCCAAGGGCACCAUGUUCAAAGACAUGGGGGCUUGGUUCAGCGUCUGUAAUUACUAUCCUGCAGGCAACAUGGGCGGCGGAUACGGUAAGAACGUUCUGAGACCUCAGAACAAACAAACUAUCACGGCUUGA